GAGACACAGAGGACCAAACUACCACCACCAUCCAUCCUGCCAGCGAAGAGAGAGUCUGAGUGAAGAUGUGGAGGUUACUGUGUGUGACUUUGUCUCUGCUCAUAUGUGUCAAAGGAGAUUCACCUCCUAUGUCGGAAAUUUGUGGACGUCCCCCUUUAAACCCUCGUAUUGUGGGUGGUGUGAAUGCAGCUGUAGGGGCGUGGCCAUGGAUGGUCAGUAUACACUUAAAUGGGAAGCAUAAUUGUGGCGGCUCCCUCAUCAACAAUGACUGGGUGCUGACAGCUGCUCACUGUGUCAAAGGUAUAGACAAGUCCAAACUGCUUGUGUACUUGGGAAAGAGGACACAACAGGAAGCUAAUGCCCAUGAAAUCACCAGAACUAUCAAAGACAUCAUUCCCCAUCCCUCUUUCAUUGGAAAAGCAGCUGAUAAUGACAUCGCUCUACUGCGCCUGUCCUCCAGAGUCGACUUUAAUGACUACAUUAGACCUGUGUGUCUAGCAGCUGAGAACAGUGUCUUUGUUACCAACACCAAGAGCUGGAUCACAGGCUGGGGAAAUAUUGGACAAAAUAGACCUUUACCUCCUCCUGGGUUUCUGCAAGAGACUAUUGUUGAAGUGUUGGAGAAUUCAAUGUGUGCUAAUCUCUGUGGUGGUGUCACCGACAACACGAUUUGUGCUGGUUUAGAGCAAGGAGGCAAAGGCCCCUGGAAGGGGGACUCUGGUGGUCCAAUGUUGAGUCGGUGGUGUUCAUUAUGGGUUCAGUCUGGUGUCAUCAGCUGGAGCGAAGGGUGUGCCAAGCCCAACAAACCUGCUCUGUAUGUUCGUGUGUCACGGUAUCAGCAAUGGAUCAAAGACACAAUACGUGGAAACCUGCCUGGAUUCAUCUUCUUUCCCCCAGAUCUAUGUUCUCAUACCAGCCAGGGCUCAAACUCCUGUCGUGGGAGAUGCAAUGAGAAGUAUGAAGCUAGCAAUGCCUGCAACUGCAAUGCUGACUGCAAAAAAAAAUGCUGCAACGAUUACACCCAGCAAUGCAAUGCAUGAGUUGAUGCACUGAAUCUGGCAACUCCAGGGAUCCUUAUCAACACCUCACUUGCACACGUCUGUCACAUGAUGAAGUCUCUUUCUGUCUGUUAUCUGUGAAAUUUGUGUUGCUCUGGAAAAUCUGCAAUUAAUAACCACUUUCAUUGCAAACAGCCUGAAACUUUUUAUAGACUCAUUAUUCUCUAUAUGAUUUGCAAAUAUCAAGUAUAGCUCUUAGAAAUAUAAUAUUUAAAUGAGAGUUUGGGAGAAGAAUGUAAUCUUGUCGUGCACAACACAAGGAUAUACGCGAUGGUUUAUCUCAUUAAUGUUAAGAGUAUUCUGGCAUCCCUCCACCACGCAAAUCAUGAAAUGUAUUAUGGAAAAUAUGUAUAAUGCUGUACUUCUUGUAUGUUAUCUGUGUCAUACAGUAUAAAUGAGGUUACACCACAGUCAUCACAACAUAAUGGAAAAAGUACUUAAUUAUGUUUCAGCAUGUGCAAAAGGAUUUUAUGAGAUGAAUUAAAUAUUUUAG